AUGGAGGCUGAGCUGGCACAGAAGAAGAUGGAGCCAAGAAUUGUUCUUUGUGCUGGCCUUCUUGUUGGUGCUGCUAGAAGCCCAGUUUCCGCCGACAGUAGGGCACCUCCCAAGUUCAAACAGAGGACUACCCCCACCUUCAAGAGCAAGGCUCUUAAACCCGACCAGAAAGGAUCCAGAGACGACAUCCCCGGCAUGGCGGGCCUGGGCACAGACGUCGCGGUGGUCUGCUCGUCCUACUGGGAAGCCUUCAUGAACAUGGAGCUCAGCGACCUGGUAAAAUAUGGAAUUGUUUAGCCCUCUGCUUUUACCCGUAGUGCCAAAACUGUCAUGGAUUCCAACUUUUGGCUGAGUUGCUCAAAUUGUUACUCUCGUGCCUUCGAGAGG